AUGGACCCUCAUUAUGGGAAGUCGAAUGAUGACACCUAUCCUGCUAAUCGACCGUACUUCGACGUGCCUCCACCACAUGCCGUAACGGAACCACGCCAAAAAUUUGGUGCCUCGGUUUAUCUUACAACAAGCAGCAUCGUUGGGUUUAAGGAGCGGUUCAGCCUCUUAUUCUUCAUCAUUUUCGGGGGCGCUCUCGCAGGAUACUGUCUCCAUGGCGCACGGACUAUGAAUUUCGCGUUGAUGAAGAAAUACUCAGCAAGUGAAUGGUUCUGGUUUGGCAAGGAGCCAUUCAAAGCCAAUUAUGCGUUACACAUAUAUACCGCCGUCAUUGGCGGAAUAUUCUCUCUCUUUCAGUUCCUCCCAGCAAUUCGACGUCACGCUAUACUUGUGCACCGUCUAAAUGGAUAUUUUGUCCUAAUACUAUUGGUCCCCUCUAACGUCUGCGGCGCCAUCAUAGGCUACAGGGCUUUUGGCGGAGAAGUAAACUCUCAAUCAGUGUAUUACACCCUCGGCAUACUCUCCGCCGGAUGCCUUAUCAUGGGGUUAUCAAAUGUGAAGAAGAACACAAGAGAACACCGCAAGUGGAUGCUCCGUGGUGUGGUGAUAUUUAGCGUGGUCAUCACCACACGUCUGAUGGCCCUAGCCGCCGAGCAAAUAGUAACCGACAUUGGGAACUACUACACUGUGCGUGCGAACACAUGUUGUGAUCUUUUCAAUGCAUAG